AAAAAUAAAAAUUAUGCUUAUCAAGUUUAUUUAUUUUCAAAUCGAUCAAACCUCGAUGUUAAAUAUAAUUACAAUAAAUCUGCACAUUGGCCAUUGAAUGUCGGCAAGAAUUCCCGUCUAGUGGUUGAUUUGUUUAAAUUACUUUGAUAUUCGGAACUCGUUAAUUUUGGUUAAACGUAGUAAUCAUCAUGGACAUAGCUACAUCAACAGACAUCAUGAUAAUUAGUGGAAAUUCACACCUCGAACUAGCCAAUUUGGUCGCUCGCCGACUUGGUGUUAAACCGGCCCGGUGCGCUGUUUCUUAUACCACUAACCGAGAAACAUCUGUCCAAAUAAGUGAUUCCGUACGUGGAAAAGACAUAUACAUCAUUCAGACUGGUUCAAAAGAUGUAAAUAAUAAUAUAAUGGAACUCUUGAUCAUGGCUUAUGCAUGUAAAACUUCUUCUGCCAAAAGCAUUGUUGGAGUUAUUCCUUAUCUACCCUACAGUAAACAAUGUAAAAUGCGAAAACGUGGUUCUAUUGUAUCUAAGCUUUUGGCAAAGAUGUUGUGUUCAUCAGGCUUAACUCAUGUGAUUACAAUGGACCUUCACCAAAAAGAAAUUCAAGGUUUUUUUGAAUGUCCAGUUGACAAUUUGAGAGCAUCGCCAUUCCUUUUACAAUAUAUUCAAGAAUGUAUCCCUGACUAUCGUAAUGCUGUUAUUGUUGCAAGAAAUCCUGGAUCAGCUAAAAAAGCUACAUCGUAUGCUGAACGCUUACGUUUAGGAAUCGCUGUUAUUCACGGAGAACAGAAGGAAUCAGAUUCUGAUAUGGUUGAUGGAAGAAAUUCUCCACCACCAUCAACGUCUCGUUCAAGAACAAUGGAUGUGGGAGUAGGAGUACCACAACAUCCAGCCAAAGAAAAACCUCCAAUUAAUGUAGUGGGAGAUGUUGGUGGUCGUAUCGCUAUUAUGGUGGAUGAUAUGGUAGAUGAUGUAGCUUCGUUUGUAGCUGCUGCUGAGGUAUUGAAGGAGCGUGGUGCUUAUAAAAUUUAUGUCUUAGCUACUCAUGGUCUUUUAUCUUCUGAUGCUCCAAGACUUAUUGAAUCUUCGCCAAUUGAUGAAGUGGUUGUGACAAAUACAAUUCCACAUGAAAUUCAAAAAAUGCAAUGCCACAAAAUCAAAACAGUAGACAUAAGUAUUUUAUUAUCAGAGGCUAUUCGCAGAAUUCAUAAUAAAGAGUCCAUGUCAUAUCUAUUCAAAAAUGUCACAUUAGAAGACUAAACUAAUUUUAAAUGUUACUCAUUUAAUUAUCGUAAAAUGAAGAGCAUAAGAAAUUAAAUAUAAAACUAAUAGAAUUCCAAACACUGAUUUAUGAACUUAUUUUAAUAUUUUGGAUACAAGUAUGAAUUAUGUAUAUUUCAAAUAAGUAAAUCAAAUUACUAUUUUUCUUUUUAAAUACAUCUUUUAUUGAUAACCGUUAUUUACCAGAUUAAUGUGAAGAAAAUGCAUUAAUAUUUAGAUUAACUUACAUGUUAAUAA